AAUACACCUGCUACCUGGAGGAAUUCCCACGUUUCCAACAAGUGCCCGACAAAGAUUCGACUGCCACUUGGACAUUCAGCGUAUAAAGCAAAAGGAGUGUCCUUGACUCAACUUCCAAGAUGGCGGCAUUCGGAAAGAAAACAAAGAACUCGAAGGCAUUAACCCUUGACCCCAUCGCGUUCGACCACUCUAUCCCUGGGAGAUACAGUCGCCAGGACAGCGCCUUAGACACACCUGGCGCAAGGAGUGAUGCACCGUUUCUUAGAAACUUUAUCCGGGAAGACUCAAGAGUCGGCGACUUCUCGGAUGACGAAGAAGACCAAGUCGAGACCAGAUGUGGAUGGAGCCGGUUUAGACCGUCUUGCCUUCAGCUGUUGAACAACCCGAAAGGAUUUCUUUUCUUUGUGUCAUUAUUCGCGUUGGUGCAAGGGACGCUGGUAAACGGGCUGAUCAACAGCGUCAUAUCGACCAUCGAGAAAAGGUUCCAACUUCCAAGCUCCAAAACAGGAAUCAUUUCGUCCGGUUACGACAUCGCUUUCGGCUGUUUGUCGGUGAUCAUCACCUACCACGGCGGCGUCCGAAGCAAGCCCGUAUGGCUGGCUAUCGGGGUGUUCGUGAUGGGGCUCGGGGCUUUCGUCUUCUCCAUCCCGCACUUCGUGGUGGGGCCGCACGAGCUGGGAGGGACGUGGGAAACCACGUGUGGCACCGCGAGAUUAAACGAGACUGGUGCAGCGAGAUUUAACGAGACUGGAGAUGGCUUGUGCAGUGAGGAAGGCGGAGCAUCGAGCUGGCUCCCUAACUUCCUCUAUGUCUUUAUUCUUGUUUCGUCCUCAGGCCAGCUGUUGAAUGGAGUAGGCGGCAUCCCUCUCUACACCUUUGGUCCCCAGUACCUGGAACAGAGCGUCUCCACAAAGUCAUCUGGGAUGUACUUGGGGAUUUUCUACGCCGUGUCCUACCUGGGCCCUGCCGUCGGUUUUCUGCUCGGCGGACAGCUCUUGACUCUCUACAUCGACAUGGACAAGUCCGGGGUCACCGCGCCUGUUGGUGGAACGAGUGACCCACGUUGGUUGGGCGCCUGGUGGCUCGGCUUCCUGGCGCUAGGGGUCGUUGCUUGGCUGUUGGUGUUACCUUUAUCUGGGUACCCAAAGGAACUGCCCGGCAUCGCCAAAGUACGCAAAGAGAAGAAAUCUGACGUCCACGCCAACACAGAGUCCAAAACCUUGGAUUCAAGCUUCGGCAAGAGCAUCCGGGACUUUCCCAUCGCCGUACUCUCAUUGGCCAAGAAUCCAACGUUCAUUUUCAUAACUCUCGCGGGAAUCAGCGAGGGUCUCGUGCUGAACGGAUUCGCUACAUUCUUACCGAAGUUUGUAGAGAACCAGUUCGGACAAACAGCGAGCCAGGCCGCAUUUCUCGUGGGAUGUGUCAUGGUUCCCGGUGCGUUUGGAGGUUGUCUGAUCGGUGGAGGAAUCAUGCGAUGGAAGAAACUCGGAGUGUCCGGAUCACUGAAGCUCUGCGUCAUUCUGUCGACUGUAGCGCUGCUUCUGUCACCCGUCUUUCUCAUCAGAUGUCCAAACAGCCAUUUUGCAGGGGUGACAACGUCUUAUCCUAGCGGAGCAACAUCACAGACGAUGGGGUCCGGUUCGUCCCUGAACGCCACCUGUAACGCUAACUGCGCAUGCCCAGCCGUGUUUGAUGUCGUGUGCGGGACAGACGGGGUGGAGUACCUGUCGUCGUGUCACGCCGGGUGCACGACAAGUCACGAAGGAGAACCGAAGACGUUCAGUGGUUGUGCAUGUGUGACAACAAACUCUUCUACCUCAACUAUUGUCACCGCGGUGUCUCCUGGGUACACCCAACCGGAAGUGACGUCAGGCCGUUGUGGUUCCACCUGUGGUCUCCUCAUGGUGUUCCUUCCGCUCCUGGUCGUCGUGAUGGUGGUCGUUGCAGGUCUGACUGUGCCAGCUGCUGCCGUUACACUCAGAUGUGUUCCUGAACACCAGGCGUCCUUUGCAUUCGGUCUCCAAUGGAUGUUCAUUAGACUUCUUGGUUCCGUACCUGGACCCAUCCUAAUGGGAGCCGCCAUUGACAGAACCUGUCUUCUGUGGCAAGGUGACGUCACCAGGAACGACACAUGUGACGUAAGCGACCGCGGUGCAUGCUGGGUCUACGAAAAUUCCACCAUGAGCCUCUACUUCUUCAUCAUCGUUGUAGUGCUUAAGUUUUUCUCCACAACAUGUAUGGGCUUCGCAUUGUGGCUCUACAAACCUACAGAUAACAGACAAUCUUGCACCAUGGCUUAUAAUGGUGAAGUUGUAACCGCAGUUAGUACACCGGACAGCAAUACCUCAGAUGAACUGUCACACAGAAACGGAGAAAUUAUUCUGUAAGAAAUCUUGAAAUACGUGGUAAAAAAUACAUUCCUAUAGGCGUAUUAUGAGAUUUGUUUUCUUAUGUAAAGAUACACCAUUUUUAUUGAAAGCUUAUGUACAUAUUCACAUCAUAAUGUUGAUGCCUUAAGAAAUAUGAUGAUAUUGUUAGUGUAUACGUAUUACUCCUUUACGUACAAGGGUGGAAAUCAGAGAACAAAUAUGACAUGCAAUUUAACACAAUAUUGCGUAUUGUCAAGCCAGCUUGUAAAUAUUUUGCUGAUGUAAAUGUUGAAAAUGUCAGUUCCUUUGCGCAGAGUCAUAAUCUGUAUA